ACGCCAACGACGGCCAGGAGGAGGAGGAGGAGAAGGGAGAGAGAGACACAGGAGGCGGCCGCGGAGACCACGACGACGGCCGGCCUCUCUCGGGCCUAGGCGGGCUGUGUCCCCUCAGGAAAGGCCGGGGCCCCUUAGGCCGCACUUGGGCCACGAAGCCUGGCUUCCCGGGGACUGGGCCCGGGAGAGGCCCAAAGAAGUGUGGACUGAAGCCAUGCCCACUCCCUGUGUAUUGCCUCGCUAGCACCUUGAGGGGCUUCACUUCCUUGACACUGGAGAACCUGAAGCGGAGGAAGCAGAGAUAGCUGUGCCCCAUUCCCGUUCCCCCCUUUGGGGGGCAGGGAGGAAAGAGAAGAGCAACGCUGACAGACAAUGGAUCCUCUGACUCGCCCAGGUGGGGAUAUUAUGCGUCGAAAUCCACAGCAGGACUAUGAGCUGGUUCAGCGAGUGGGGAGCGGCACAUACGGUGACGUCUACAAGGCCAGAAACAUGCACACCGGCGAACUGGCUGCAGUAAAAAUUAUCAAGUUAGAACCAGGAGAUGACUUCUCGUUGAUACAGCAAGAAAUCUACAUGGUCAAGGAAUGCAAACACUGCAAUAUUGUAGCAUACUUUGGAAGCUAUCUCAGCCGUGAGAAGCUCUGGAUUUGUAUGGAAUACUGUGGAGGAGGAUCCCUUCAAGACAUUUAUCAUGUAACGGGGCCACUGUCAGAGUUACAGAUUGCGUAUGUUUGCAGAGAGACAUUGCAGGGACUUGCUUAUUUGCACAUGAAAGGGAAAAUGCAUCGGGACAUUAAGGGUGCCAACAUUUUGCUGACAGAUCAUGGGGACAUCAAGUUAGCUGACUUCGGAGUAGCGGCAAAAAUAACAGCCACAAUUGCAAAGAGGAAGUCGUUUAUUGGCACCCCUUACUGGAUGGCCCCAGAAGUUGCCGCAGUAGAAAAGAAUGGAGGCUACAACCAACUCUGUGACAUCUGGGCUGUCGGUAUCACAGCCAUUGAGCUUGGCGAGCUGCAGCCACCUAUGUUUGAGCUUCAUCCCAUGAGGGCCCUCUUUCUAAUGUCCAAAAGCAACUUUCAACCUCCAAAACUAAAAGAAAAAAACAAAUGGUCAUCGACAUUCCAUAAUUUUGUCAAAGUGGCGCUCACAAAAAAUCCAAAGAAGAGGCCAACAGCAGAAAGACUUCUUACACAUAGCUUUGUUGGACAACCUGGUCUUUCUCGCUCACUGGCUGUUGAACUCUUGGACAAAGUGAACAAUCCAGAUAACCACCCCCACUAUAGCGAAGCAGAUGAUGAUGACUUUGAGCCACACUCCAUUAUCCGCCACACCAUUCGCUCUACCAACCGGAAUGUUAGAGCAGAAAGAACAGCAUCUGAAAUAAACUUUGACAAGUUGCAGUUUGAACCGCCAUUAAGGAAAGAGACAGAAGCCCGGGAUGAAAUGGUGGUGGCUUGUGGUGCUCACUUUGCUUCACACUGGAGUCCUUUUGUUGAUGGCAGCAGUUGUGCCAAUGUGGAUGAUGAGAAGAUCCAGACGAUCAAGUAUUGCCCAGAUCCUCACAGUCAGGCCCCUCCGGCUCAUAGGAGACAAAGCAUCCCAGUUUGUGGACCUCAGACGGAGCCCACCCCGAUUGGGAUGACCAGCAGCGUCAGUAGCCCAGGCUUGCUCACCGUCCGAUACAGCGACAUGGGCAAUGGUGACAGUGUACCGAAACUCCUAGAGGAAAAUGCUGAUGGGUUGAGCCACAUGCCCCAGCUGCCACGGAAGAAGGAGAAGCGGGAAUUUCCAAAGCCAGCUAUCAAUGGUUUGCCACCAACGCCAAAGGUGCUGAUGGGAGCAUGUUUCUCCAAAGUGUUUGACGGCUGCCCUUUAAAGAUCAACUGUGCCACAUCAUGGAUACAUCCUGACACAAAAGAUCAAUAUAUUAUCUUUGGGACCGAAGAGGGCAUUUACACACUGAACCUCAAUGAGCUGCAUGAAGCCACCAUGGAGCAGCUCUUUCCACGGAGAUGCACAUGGCUGUAUGUCAUCAACAACACUCUAAUGUCGCUUUCAGAAGGGAAAACGUUCCAGCUUUACUCACAUAACCUCAUAGCUUUGUUUGAACAAGCCAAAAAGACAGGACUAGCUGCUCACAUUCAGACCCAUCGAUUCCCUGAUAGAAUAUUACCAAGGAAAUUUGCCUUAACGACAAAGAUCCCGGAUACAAAAGGGUGCCAUAAAUGUUGUAUAGUAAGGAAUCCGUAUACAGGCCAUAAAUACCUCUGUGGAGCUUUACAGUUGGGGAUCGUUUUGCUUCAGUGGUAUGAACCAAUGAAGAAAUUCAUGUUAAUAAAGCACUUUGACUUCCCAUUGCCAACUCCUUUGAACGUCUUUGAAAUGCUGGUGAUCCCAGAGCAGGAAUACCCCAUGGUUUGCGUGGCCAUCAGCAGGGGGGUUGAACCAAAUCAGGUUGUUCAGUUUGAGACCAUCAACUUGAACUCUGCUUCUUCGUGGUUUACAGAAAUUGGUGCAGGUUGCCAACAGCUUGAUGCCAUCCAUGUUACACAGCUGGAGAGAGACACUGUUCUGGUGUGCUUGGACAGAUUUGUGAAAAUUGUGAAUCUGCACGGUAAACUGAAGUCAAGCAAAAAGCUGGCCUCAGAGCUGAGUUUUGAUUUCUGCAUUGAAUCUGUAGUGUGCCUUCAAGACAGCGUCUUAGCCUUCUGGAAGCAUGGAAUGCAGGGCAAGAGCUUUAAAUCCAAUGAGGUAACCCAGGAGAUCUCUGAUGAAACAAGGGUGUUCCGCUUACUGGGCUCUGACAGGGUGGUGGUGCUGGAGAGCCGGCCGACCGACAACCCGACCGCGCAUAGCAACCUCUACAUUUUGGCCGGCCACGAAAACAGUUACUAGGCAACGGCCGGACGACUUGAACUGCGAGCCGAGGAAUAUGCAUCGUCGUCGUCAUCACCCCAGGAAGCAGCCAGCGAAGGAAACUCUAUCCCCGUCACACUCCGGCACACUCCCACCCCUCUCUCUUUCUCUUACUUCCCCUCCGCACCCUCCCUUUGCUUGACUGUGUCAAUGCCUGAAUGGAGCCGGGUUUUUAGGAUCAAGAGCCAAAAAAACACUUUUGUCGUCUCAUGUGCGUUGUCUUGCAGCUGGGCCAAAGCAGCUGUUCUGUCACUUGCCACUAUGUGGUUAGUUAUGUCACGUUUGCUUAAUAAAAGCGACAGGAUGAUUA